UGGAAGGCCUAAUCCACAUGACCUUUACUCCAAAAGGACUAGUCAAUGGUACAAUAGAGCUCAAUUGGAACCUUAUAAAGAGCAAGAACUUCUUCUUCCCAAGCAAUGUGAGAUACCAUACACCACCUACCUUUAUCUUUACCAUACGUACCAAUAGAAGGUCCAGUCCACAUUGUCUAUACUUUAACAGGACUAGUCAAUGAUACAAUUAAAGUUCCAUUGGAAUCUUAUAAAGAGCGAGAACUUCUCAUUCCCAAGUAAUGUGAGAUUCUUUUUAUCACCUACCCUUAUCCUUAUCAUAUGGAGUAUCACAAUUUCUCUCCCUUAAAUUUCCGACGUCCUCAUCGGGCUUGUUCGUCGUAGGUGGCACAACUCAAGUCCCGCAUUUCUGGUUGGAAUAGGCUCUAAUACCAUUUGUAACGCCCCAAUGGAAGGCCUACUCCACAUGGCCUAUACUCUAAAAUGACUAGUUAAUGAUACAAUUGGAGCUCCAUUGGAACCUUAUAAAGAGCAAGAACUUCUUCUUCCCAACCAAUGUAGGAUCUCAUUCACCACCUACUUUUAUCCUUAUCAUAUGAGGAAUCACACACGUGCAUAUAGCUGAAGACAUGGUAGAUAUGUGGAACACAACAACUUUUGAACAUGGCAAUCAAGUACACUAUACCUACUGUUUUGGGAUCAUUUGCAUGUGACCAUUAUAUUGGUGACAGGAAGAUAUUUGGAGGCACAGUAUCUAUUAGACUUCAAUGAGUGCCUGUUGAAGUGGAUGUUCAGAUCAGUGAGGAAGCAAGUCCAAUACCACAACCAGCAGUAGGAGGCAGAGCAUUGCUCAGCAUCAACCAUGAAAGAAGAGCAACGCUCCCUUCUCCUCAGUUCCUCCUCUUGCUUCUCUCCUCCACAAGGUGUGAGAUUGUCAUACGGUACAGCAGGGUUCAGGGCAGAUGCGACAUUGCUCCAAUCGACAGUGUACAGAAUAGGGAUACUGGCUGCCCUGAGAGCUCUGAAGAUGGAGUCAUCAGUUACAGGUAUCAUGAUCACAGCCUCACAUAACAAAGUGACUGAUAAUGGAGUCAAGGUCGCUGACCCCAGCGGUGGAAUGCUCUCCCAGGAUUGGGAGCCCUUCGCUGACGCCCUGGCCAAUGCCCCCACUCCCCAACAUCUCCUCCAAUUGAUAACUGAAUUUGUGAAGAAGGAGAAGAUCCCAUUGGAGGGUGUGAGGCCAGCCACGGUAUUGCUGGGGCGAGACACAAGGCCUAGUGGGGAAUCUCUACUUGAAGCUGCUAAACAAGGAAUAAGUUCAAUUCUGGGGGUGGCUGCAGUUGAUAUGGGAAUUGUGACAACUCCACAACUACACUGGAUGGUGCUCGCAAGAAAUAAGGGCUUGAAAGCACAUGAACUUGAUUAUUUUGAACAGUUAUCAAGCUCAUUCAGGUGCUUGAUUGAUUUGAUCCCAAGUGAAGGUAGGAUGAGUGAGCGGGAUUUAAAAUUGGUUGUUGAUGGGGCUAAUGGUGUGGGUGGAGAAAAGCUUGAGGUUUUGAAGACGAUGCUGGAUAAUUUGUUUAUUGAGGUUCGUAAUUCUGGGAAAGAUGAAGGUGUGCUUAAUGAAGGGGUUGGUGCUGAUUUUGUGCAGAAGGAGAAGGUUGUUCCACAUGGCUUUGGUUCCCAAGACAUAGGACUGAGGUGUGCUAGUUUGGAUGGGGAUGCUGAUCGACUGGUAUAUUUUUGUGUGCCACCAUCAAAAGGUUGCAGUAAUAUUGAGCUUGUUGAUGGGGACAAGAUGUUAUCUUUGUUUGCUAUCUUCGUCAAGGAGCAGCUACACACUCUCAGCAAGGAGAUUGGUGAAAAUACGGGUAGUAAUUAUCAGCCUCGUUUGGGUGUUGUGCAGACAGCUUAUGCAAAUGGAGCCUCCACAAAUUUCCUCAAAAAGUUACAGUUAGAAGUUAUUUUUACUCCAACUGGAGUCAAAUACUUGCAUGAGAAAGCAGCUGAGUUUGAUAUUGGGAUCUACUUCGAAGCUAAUGGCCAUGGAACUAUCUUAUUCUCAGAAUCUUUCUUAUGUUGGUUAGAGGCCAGACACGAGGAGCUUUCUUCAGCAUCUAAAGGCUCAGAGCAGGAAACAGCUGCUUUGAGACUGUUGGCGGUCAGUAAGUUGAUCAACCAAGCAGUCGGUGAUGCUCUGAGUGGGUUGCUCUUGGUGGAGGCUAUUUUGCAACACAUGGGAUGGUCAAUACAUACAUGGAGUGAGCUUUAUCAGGAUCUACCUAGUAGGCAGCUUAAGGUAAAAGUUGUGGACCGAACUGCUGUUGUCACAGCAAAUGCGGAAAGGAUUGUUGUGAGGCCUCCUGGCAUUCAAGAAGCCAUUAAUACUGAAACUGCAAAAUACCCUCAAGGUCGAUCUUUCAUCCGACCAUCUGGUACUGAGGAUGUGAUACGUGUGUAUGCAGAAGCAUCCACCCAAGAAGCAGCUGACAGCCUAGCCAACUCCGUAGCCAUACUUGUGGACAAGUUCCUAGGGUCCGGCUAAAAGUAACCCAUCUUUUUUUUUCUGCAACUAAAUUGGUUCUGAUUUUCUAUAUAGAAAGGAAGUGGGGUCAUCGUUUGACCAGAUUGAUUUUGAUGUUGUGUUGGUGGUUGCAAAUGUACCUGAUUACUAAUAAAAUGCUACCUCAAUAAAUUUGGGUUUUGGACAUAUGAAUUGGCAUAUGCAUUGCUUUGUAUGUACACGUUGAAAGCUAGAAUUGUGGAAACAGUUAACAAUUUAAAGUUCAAAUGUACUUUAUAUGGCAUUUGAAAGGAAUAA